AUGGGAGUAGUGGCGCUAGUGUGCUUGCUGGUCAUCCUGACCAACCACGUCGGGUGGUCCGGGGGAUACCUCGUUGGGGCUGGGUUGAACGUCCGUUUCGCCCAGAUGCUGUACACGGACAGCAAAUACCAGGUGCUGCGAGAGGAGAUGAUCAAAGCCAACUCUAGGAAUCUGGUAUACCACUGCCGGGCUGACAAGAGUGACUGUGAUGCAGCCCUCGCCAAAAUGCGAUAUAAGGCCAGCAAGCAUUUCUAUGCCCUGGCCAAAGCUGUCGUGGAUUAUGUCAAGAAUAAACGACAGGCGAGGCCUACUGGCUAUGUUGGUACUGCAACAUUCUGCCAAGACAACAUCUGUGUCCCCGACACGGACCCGCCGAUCGUGUUCGGAGGUUGCUUUACGCUCGUCUCCUGCGGAGGUAACCAGACCUGGCACCUCGACGAAGUCAAGUACAAGAAGAAGGGCCGCUUCCUCAAAUAG